AUGUUCGCAGUAUAUUUUCAUGGGCAGUAUAAAGGUUCUGAUGGUCUAAUAGACAAAUUUGACGAAAUGAGAAUCUUUACAGUUCGUUCAGACGAAAGUCUUGAGAAAACUCUAAAUGACUUUCAAACUCAAAUGAACAAAUAUUAUUGGGAAUUUCAAGAAAAAUACGACUCUUUACUAAAUGGAACAUACUAUCUGAAACUAGAAUAUGACAAGAUGAACUCCACCGUUUCAUUUCAAAAGAUUGAAAUUAACCCUCCAAGAGAUACAGAGUUUUUAUUUUGGAAAGUAGACAAACGUUCUUGGGCACAAUUUCUUCGGUUACUAAACCAGAACGAACCAUUACCACCAGAUGGUCCAUUUCAAUUUAUACUUCCACCAGCAGAUUUGACAGUUUAUAGAAACGUGUUUGACCCUCAA